AGAAAGUCUGCUAUUGCUGGCUCACAAGAACGCCGAAUAUGCACAACCGUUUUAAAAAAUGUGGUUUAACACUUAACUGUGAGACAUUAACAGUGAAAACUGAAAUUGUGCAUAUAAUUUAACACAUAACAUUUACCAUCUCGUUCGGUAAUUACUGUGCUAUUACUUGCAAUUUAUCCGGUGGGCUAAAUUAGUAAUUCUGUUACAUAAAAUCGCUCGAAAUAGAAAUUUUAAUUUGAUUAAGCUGUAAUUGAAAUGCUCCGCACGAUCUGAGUGUUAUUUACAACAGCGCAUAUGUUUUCUAUUACAAACAUUAUAUUGAGUGAUCCCCGAUGAGAGAGCCUGUUCCCAUGAGGUAGUCUCUAUUUUUAUACAGUCUAUGGGUAGUCUGCACCCUCAAUUAACCCCAAGUUCGAGGCUUGCGCUCGGCAGACUGCAUUUUCGAUGCUGCGUACAUUCCUUCUGCGUUUCAGUACUGGACGAUUCUCCCCUCCCCUCGUUACAGCUCCGAGCAAUGAUUGGAUAAUUUUAUCUACCGUAAUGCUGUGCAUCCAAUAGAUGCGCUCUUACGUUCCGAAUUUCGGCCAACCAGCUACGGCCGUUGGUAUUGCAGUAGUUCCGGUGUUAUGGCGGCGUGCAGGAGGGCAGAGAGUGUUGGAUCAAGUUCAUGUAGCUAGUUAGCUACCUUGUGACAUUUUUAAAGUUUUGGUGUGGUUACUUGAAUCAUGAUGUUGGUGACCGCGCUGAAGGCAUUGCCAGUUUGUCGAACUCGAUCUGGUUCAUCGCUUUUAUCAUACAGACGUUAUUGUAAGCAGCAGCCGCUGUCCCCGUGCCUCUCCGAGCGCCUGCGCGUCUUCGAGUCCCUGUGGGAGAAACGAGGGGAGCAGGAUGGGAGGACGGAGGGGGAGGAGCUACGAGUCCGCCUGCCGGACGGCAGGACGGUGAAGGGGACGGCGGGCGUCACCACGCCCCUGCAUGUCGCGCAGAAAUCGCGCAGGGUUAAAGGUGCAGUCGUGAGCUCGGUGAAUGGUGAACUGUGGGAGCUGGCACGCCCUCUAGAGGCUGACUGUGACCUGCACCUGCUGGGGUUCGACAGCGCCGAGGGCAAACAGGUGGUGUGGCGGUCGGGCGCCUGUGUGCUGGGAGGGGUACUGGAGGCUCAAUUUGGGGCCACAGUGGGUCGGGGGGGCAGUACGGAGGUUGGGUUCUACUGUGACUACCGGCUGGAGAGCAGCUCCCUCUCUCUGGGCGAGCUGGAGGAGCAGUGCAGGAGAACGGCCUCCCUGAAGCUCCCCUUCUGCAGCCUGGAGGUCAGCGCGCCGGAGCUGAAGGAGCUCUUCCAGGACAACCAGCUGAGACUGCAGCUGCUUGAGGAGGAGAUGUCUGGACCCACUGCCACAGUGUACAGGUGUGGGGAUUCGCUACAUGUGUGCAGGGGGCCGCUUGUCCCUCACACCGGCUACCUCAGGGUCUUCAAGAUGCUGAAGUUCUCGUCGGUGACGGUGGAGGGCGAGGAGGGUGAGGAAGGCGUGGUGCGGGCUCUGGGGGUCUGCUUCCCGGGGGAGAAGGAGCAGGAGGAGUGGGAGAAGGAGCGGGAGGAGGCGCGGCGCAGGGACCACCGGCGCAUCGGCAAGCACCAGGAGCUGUUCUUCUUCAACGACGUCAGCCCCGGGAGCUGCUUCUUCCUGCCCAAAGGAGCGCACAUCUACAACACGCUGACCGACUUCAUCAAGAGUGAAUACAGGAGGCGGGGCUUCAGCGAGGUCAUGACCCCGACCCUCUUUAGCACUGCAUUGUGGGAGCGUUCUGGCCACUGGGAGCACUACAGUGAUAACAUGUUCCUGGUGCAGUGCCACCCCCACACAUACGCCCUCAAGCCCAUGAACUGCCCCGCCCACUGCGUGAUGUACGAGCAGCGGGUUCGCUCCUGGCGGGAGCUGCCGCUGCGCUGGGCCGAUUUCGGGGCGCUGCACCGCAACGAGCUGUCGGGGGCGCUCACGGGCCUGACCCGCGUCCGCCGCUUCUGCCAGGACGACGCCCACAUCUUCUGCACCCCGGAGCAGCUGGAGGAGGAGAUGACUUCCUGUCUGGAGUUUGUGCGCAGCGUGUACACGGUGUUCGGCUUCUCCUUCCGCUGCCUGCUGUCCACGCGCCCCACCCCCUGCCUGGGGGAGCCGUCCCUGUGGGACAGCGCUGAGGAGCAGCUGGAGCGGAGCCUGAAGCAGUUUGGGGAACCAUGGGAAGUGAACCCAGGGGAUGGAGCCUUUUACGGGCCCAAGAUCGACAUCCAGAUCCGCGACGCCAUUGGCCGGCAGCACCAGUGCGCCACCAUACAGCUGGACUUCCAGCUGCCGAUCCGAUUCGACCUGCAAUACGUGGGGGCGGACGGAGAGAUGUACAGGCCGGUCAUGGUCCACAGAGCCGUCCUGGGGUCGCUGGAGCGCAUGAUCGCCAUACUGGCCGAGAACUUCGCUGGGAAAUGGCCUUUCUGGCUCUCUCCGGUGCAGGUCAUGGUGAUUCCUAUAGGGGGCAGCAGUGAGGAGUACGCGCAACAGGUGGCGAAGAGCUUCCGGGAGGCGGGCUUCAUGGCGGACCUGGAUGCAGACACCGGCGCCACCUUAAACAAGAAGAUACGCACGGCGCAGCUGGCCCAGUACAACUACAUACUCGUGGUGGGGGAGAAGGAGCGGGAGAGCGGGGCAGUGAGCGUGCGGACGAGAGGAGGCAAGCAGCUGGGGCGGAGGGACCUGAGGGAGGUGCUGUCGUCUCUCACGGAGCUCCGGGACAGCAGGAGCAACCAGGAGGACUUCUGAGUGCAGCGCUUUAACACGGGCACAGACCGCUAACAUCGCUCCCAUUCACACACAUGAGCUUUAACACGGGCACAGACCGCUAACAUCGCUAACAUCGCUCCCAUACACACACAUGUGCUUUAACACGGGCACAGACCGCUAACAUCGCUCCCAUUCACACACAUGAGCUUUAACACGGGCACAGACCGCUAACAUCGCUCCCAUACACACACGUGCUUUAACACGGGCACAGACCGCUAACAUCGCUCCCAUACACACACGUGCUUUAACACGGGCACAGACCGCUAACAUCGCUCCCAUACACACACACAUGUGCUUUAACACGGGCACAGACCGCUAACAUCGCUCCCAUACACACACAUGUGCUUUAACACGGGCACAGACCGCUAACAUCGCUCCCAUACACACACAUGUGCUUUAACACGGGCACAGACCGCUAACAUCGCUCCCAUACACACACAUGUGCUUUAACACGGGCACAGACCGCUAACAUCGCUCCCAUACACACACAUGUGCUUUAACACGGGCACAGACCGCUGACAUCGCUCCCAUACACACACAUGUGCUUUAACACGGGCACAGGCCGCUGACAUCGCUCCCAUACACACACAUGUGCUUUAACACGGGCACAGACCGCUAACAUCUCUCCCAUACACACACAUGUGCUUUAACACGGGCACAGACCGCUAACAUCGCUCCCAUACACACACAUGUGCUUUAACACGGGCACAGACCGCUAACAUCGCUCCCAUACACACACAUGUGCUUUAACACGGGCACAGACCGCUAACAUCGCUCCCAUACACACACAUGAGCUUUAACAUGGGCACAGACCGCUGACAUCGCUCCCAUACACACACACGUGCUUUAACACGGGCACAGACCGCUAACAUCGCUCCCAUACACACACGUGCUUUAACACGGGCACAGACCGCUAACAUCGCUCCCAUACACACACAUGUGCUUUAACACGGGCACAGACCGCUAACAUCUCUCCCA